CAUGUACUCAAAAAUUUUAAAUUUUGUUUAGAUUCCCAACCACAUAUUUUUUGAAUCGGUUUUUACUAUUUAAUUAAUAUUAAAAUUAUCAUAAUUUUAUUUUACCACGAGGAUGUCACUCUGUGUUACAUUAUCAAGGCACAAAAUAAUACAUUUAUAAAUAUAACGUGUUAUGGUUACCAUAGAAACAAAAUGAAAAGAAAAGCUUGUUUGGUCGAGGCGUAUGAAUCGGAUAAAGCUAUAUUUGAAGAACAAGUAUUAAGACGGUUUAAAGAAAACAUGUACAAAAAUACUGUGUGGUACAAAUCUCUGUUAAAUGCAGAGAAAACAUGUUUAAAAGAAGAUAAAGUAAGAAAAAUUCAUUAUAAAUUUGAUGACGACAAAGAAAUGGUUGAAGAAUAUAAUGUAGAUACUAAAGUGUUAAUUAGAAGAGCUUGGAAGUCUAAAGGGAAAGUGGGUAGUGAAGGGAAAUGGGAUGUUGAGAUAGGAGAUCCUAUACCAGAUGCAGUGCAACCUGUAGAUUCUGCUGAAAUUGUUGAAAGCAAAGACCAGCCAGUAGUGUGUAGGCGCAACACUAGAGUUAAUCUGGAAUGGAGGAUAAGAAACUUGCCAUACCCAAUAGAAACAUAUGGACUAAAAGCAAACAACGACGAGAAGUGUAUCAUCAUCAGUACAACAAAUAAGAAAUACUACAAGAAGUUAUUUAUUCCUGAACUAACAAGGCUAGGAUUAAAUGUUGAACAAUCAAACAUACAAUCUUCUCAUAAGUACAACACUCUUAUUGUGAUGUACAAGAAGCCUCAACAACUAAUAGAUAUGGAGAAAGAAUGGUAUGAGGAGCUAAAUAAUGUUAAACCAGUAAAGGAUAUUCCAAAUGAAUGCAAAGCUCAAUGAACUGAUUGAUAUUUACAAGCAAAUUUUUAUCUUUUGGGAUUAAUAACUGUAUUUGUAAGUCUGUGUGCAAUAUUAUGUAGGAUAUGUGUGUCAGACUAUUAUAGAAAUAAAGUAAGAGAUUUAAA